GUGUUGACUCGCGGUAAACCUCCACAUCGGCGCGGCUUUGGCGGCUGGAGGAUAAACCAUAGAGGUCAGGUCGCCACUGGUUCCCGCACUGCCAGAUGAUCACACCGCGCACGGGCUGAGCGCUUCCAUUCCCUCUAAAGCAUCACUGCCGUCCGGAGGUGGAUCGCGUUCGCUGAACUUGACGUUGCUGAUACUCCUUCGCGCCACUUUUGAUCGUUCACGAGCAGAGCGUCUUUUUCGUUGGUUCGUGAACUUUUUUUUUCCGACUGCAGUUGAGUUUUCUUCUUAUCUUUUUCCGGAGAGGAAAUUGUGGUGAUCAGAAGAUGGAGCUGACCCGAGUAGUGUUCCUCCUGUCCCUGUGUAUGGCGGCAUGCCUCGCUGACCACGGAGUGGAGCCGCAGAGCGCCCGAGUCCGCCCUGCCGUCCUGGUGUACCCAGAAAACGUCACCAUCGCCUGGAAGGAAACAGCGACGUUUAAAUGCCAGGCAACCGGCAACCCGCCUCCUGCCAUCUUCUGGUACAAGGAGGGCAGCCAGAAUCUGCACUUCCCUGGAAAGACGGCAGGGCGCCUGCGCGUGACGAACAGCGGGGAGCUCGUCAUCAGACGCGUCAACAAGGAGGACCAGGGCUGGUACGUGUGCAAGGCGCUGAGCAUCUCGGGAAGCGUCACCGGGAAAACUUACCUCAGGGUGGACGACUCUAACCGUACCGAGUGUGAGGAGGUGGAGAUCCCGAUGUGCGUGGACCUGCCGUACAGCCUGACCAGCUACCCGAACUUCCUGGGGCACGCCGUGCAGGGCGAAGCCGCGCAGGACAUCCAGCGGUUCCACCCGCUGGCCAAGAUGCCGUGCUCUCCCGACAUCCUCAGCUUCAUCUGCACGCUGUACGCGCCACCCUGUGACAAGAAGGUAGGUGUUACGGACUGGUCAGUGGUCACGCUGUCGGGCUGGUCAGUGGUCACACUGUCGGGCUGGUCAGUGGUCACACUGUCGGGCUGGUCAGUGGUCACGCUGUCGGGCUGGUCAGUGACAGUGGUCACACUGUCGGGCUGGUCAGUGGUCACGCUGUCGGGCUGGUCAGUGGUCACGCUGUUGGGCUGGUCAGUGGUCACGCUGUCGGGCUGGUCAGUGGUCACUCUGUCGGGCUGGUCAGUGGUUACGCUGUCGGGCUGGUCAACCGCUGAAGGCGCCGCCCUGCCGCCGUGCCGCGAGUUCUGCCAGAGCAGCCGCCGCAGCUGUGAGAACCUCAUGAACAAGUUCGGCUUCCAAUGGCCACAGCAGCUCGAGUGCAGCCGGUUUCCUGAGGAGAACACCCGCGGGGGCUGCAUCAGUAAGGACACCAUGGUGCCUGCCGAGGUCACGCUGCUGCCAGUCAUCAACAACGAACCCGCACGUCCCCCCAAGAUCGCACCCACCUUCCCGAAAAAGCUGAUAGUCGGCGCGGGGAAGGAUUUCUCCCUGUUCUGUGAGGCUGACGGGAACCCGGAGCCACGCGUGCGCUGGAGACGGCAGAACACAACCCUGUAUCUGGACAACCCGCUCACCUUCAAGGAGCUGGACUAUGUGGAGGAGGGGACGUACGAGUGCGUGGCGUCAAGUUACGGCUUCGCUGACGUCACCAGGGAGAUCUUCAUCAACGUACAAGGCCGGCCGGUGGUGCGGCUAGGCGGGUCCUCCACCCUGGUAGUGAGGGAGGGAGACACCGCCAUCAUGGUGUGCGAGGUGCUAGCGGACCCGUCUCCUUACGUCAUCUGGGUCUGGAGAGAUGAGCACGGCGGAGAAAAGGUGCUAUCCGAGAAGGAGCGGUCGGACCGAGUGAAGAUCAUGCGGCAGGAGCUGGACGGAGUGACCACCAGCGUGCUGACCGUCUACAGCAUCCGCCUGCACCAGGCCGGGGACUACGUCUGCAAGGCUACCAACUCCUUCGGCUCCAACGAGCUCACUGUCACGCUGGAGAUGAAGGAGCAGCGAACCCGCACACGGGAGCCUAUCUACAUCCCUGCCUGUAGAGACAUGCAGUACAACCUGACUACCUACCCCAACAUCCUGGGUCAUAGGUCACAGGAGGAGGCCAGGCUGCACCUGCACAAGUUCAUGCCUCUACUCAACGUGCGAUGUUCACCUGAACUCAAGUACUUCCUGUGUAACCUUUACGCGCCGCCGUACGACGCGGAGAGCAGUUCCCGGGCCGUCAUCCCGCCCUGCCGCCCGCUGUGCGAGACGAGCCGCUCCGACUGCGCCAGGCUCAUGAACAAGUUCGGCUUCCCCUGGCCAGAACAACUUGACUGCUCCAGGUUCCCCCUGCCGGGCGGCAGUGAGCGGUGCAUCAACAGGGACCGCCUGGUGGCCUCCACAGCCGUGGCCGCUCCGCCGCUCACCGUGCUGGUCAAAGCCCCUCCCACCAUCCAGGCGACGUUUGGAGACUACAUCCACGCCAGGUCCGGACAGACCUUCCAGCUGGACUGUAUCGCGGAAGGCAACCCCAAGCCUUCCGUCAUGUGGCGACGUAAGGGCACGGAGGAGUACUUUAAGAACCCGCUGGCCUUCUCUAAGGUGGAGUACACGGCGGAAGGCGCGUACGAGUGCGUGGCGUCCAGCGCGCGCUUCCCGGAGGCCGUCAAGGAAACGUACAUCGACGUCAAAGGUAAACCCGAAGUGGACCGAGAGGGCCCACAUGCGGUCCGGGCGCGGGAGGGCUCUAUGGUGUCGCUAACGUGCCGGGUCACGGCGGACCCCCCUGCAGACCCCCCAGCGUGGUUCUCAAACGGACAGGAGGUCCGGCCCGAGGAUAACGGCAUGAAGGGCUGGGAGAUCAUCUACGAGACCGACCAGGACAAGACGAGGACGACGCUUUUCUUCGGCAACGUGACCCAGACGCACGCCGCCGUCUACACGUGCAGGGCCACUAACAAGUUCGGGUACGACCAGGAGACCUUCGACAUGCGGAUACAUGACCGCAGCAGACGGUGUGACCAGCUGACGGUGCCGCUGUGCCAGGGUCUGACCUACAACUCCACCCGCCUGCCCAACGGGCUCGGCCACGGGACGCAGGAGCAGGUCGGGCGGGAGCUGCACCGCUUCUGGCCGCUGGUGGAGAUAGAGUGCUCCCCCUUCUUCAGGAGUUUCCUGUGCACGCUGUACGCCCCUCCAUGCCGUGAGGACAACCCUGACGUCAUCCCGCCGUGCAAAGAGAUGUGUGAGAGCAGCUACAGCGGCUGCGCAGUGCUGAUGACGCAGUACGGCUACAGCUGGCCCGACAGCCUGAACUGUUCGCAGUUCCCGUCGUACUACGGGCAGCGGGAGUGUACGGGCUGGGCGCCGGACCUGGACUGGACGCCGAUCCCCGACACGGCCGAGCCGCCACCGCCCGUCAACAACGCCGUGCCGGAGGAUCAGGAGGAGGUUAUCCACGAUGAGCAGUACGCCUUACUAGGAAGAGCGUUGCCGACCUGUGAGCAGCUGGAGGACUGUGAUCUGGACUGCGAGUACGGCCCGAAGUUUGACGAGAACCAGUGUCCGAUCUGCGAGUGCGGCGACAACCCCUGCAAAGAGACGAGCUGCGGAGAGUACGAGGUGUGCGCCCUCCAGCCCAUCCAGUGCCUCCGGCCGCCGUGCUCUCCCCUACCGUACUGCAAGCCCGUCCCCUUCAGCACAAACCCCGAAAGGCAGAGUAUCUACUGGCUGGACCUGGAACCGUCUAGCAAGGGGCUGGACUCUGUGGACCAAUUGGACCGGUUCUUACAAAUGCUGGAGGAGAAAAACGCCACGAUUUUACAUGCGAUGAAGAUCCCAUCCUCGGCAUUCAUGGCAGUUGUCCAGGUGAACUCGGCGUCCACCGUUGACGUGGUGACGGCGCUGGACCAGGCGCAGGACGGCCUGAUGACGUCAGUACGCAGCACGCUCGUCGUGCCGUACGACAACUACUGGCGGGAGGUGUUCGGGUUCCGGGAACAGCCGGAGGAGGAUCACGAGGAGCUCAUCUCAACCUCCACGGACACCGAGACCGCCUGGCACUACUUCGUGGACUUCGUCCUCAAGCGCACAGACAUGCCGACCGGCCGGUUACGGGACCAGAUCCGCAUGGUGCAGACUCUGACUCAGGACGGGGUGCUGCUGGGCAACUACAAGAACGUCGGGGGGAACGAGGUGAGGCCGGGUAACCAGGGUUGUCCUCCGGUGUUGGAGCGCCGUCUGGCGACUUCCGUCACAUCUGCACCUAAACCUCGACCCGAAAGUUACCGGGUUAAUGACCCAGAGAACCCUGACCCCAUGGCGCCAGUGGUGGCGAUGCGCCGUGUGCGUGUGCGGAGCGUGGCCAGGUUCCUCCUGGCUCUCCUGCUGCUGUACGUACUGCGGGGUCUGCCGGCCUGGCUCGACUCGCACGCCGACAUGCAGCCGUGGAACCCUCGGCAGCCGGGGGUCCUUCAACCGGGGGACCUACAACAGGCGGACAUGCAGCCGGGGCUCCUGCAGCCACGGGUCCCCCCAUCGGCGCCACAGGAGGAGGAAAGGAGACGACAGGUGGAAGUCGAGGAGCCUAGUAGACAGGAUGUCGCGAAGGGGGCGGAGGUGGAGUUGGAAAAGAGAGCAAAUGUGAGUGAGCUGUGCCCGGCUGGAAGUUUCCGACUCGCCCGGAUGGAAUCCUGCAUGCCGUGGCUGGGGUGUGGGGAGAUCGCUGCCGAGGUGACGAUACGGGAGCUUUGCGACUGGGGAGGCGUGAAGAAGAUUUACAAAGCCACCUGGAGAGGUCACACCGUGGCGUACCUGAACCUGACCCGGAAGCACUUCCCCUGGAGGGACUUCUUCCUGAACCACGUGACGAUGCUGCAGCACCUGCAGAGUGGUCACGUGGUGCAGCUGGUGGGGUGGUGUAACACGACACUGGUGACGGAGUACCACAGACUCGGGUCGGCGGACAGGAUAGAGGCCGUGCUGAGCAGCGGGGAGUUCAGCAGGUUCGCUAGUUCACCUUUAUCCGGGGGAUCCGUUAUAUCCGCUAUGGUGGGGUGGUGUAACACGACACUGGUGACGGAGUACCACAGACUCGGGUCGGCAGACAGGAUAGAGGCCGUGCUGAGCAGCGGGGAGUUCAGCAGGUAUAACACCGUCCGGACGCGGUUCGGCUUGGCUCUAAGUUACGUCCAGACGAUGCACUACCUACACAACAGUCCUGUGGGCACGCGCGUCUUGUGCGACUCGAACAGACUCAAGAAAACUCUCUCCCAGUUCCUUAUCACGGAGGAGCUCAAACUCGUCUUAAACGAUCUGGAUUCUGUGCUCAAGGCGGACGUGGAAGACAAGCUGUUCAUGAGGUGCAACUUUAACAGAAUAGAUCACAAGUCCGAUUUUUCCGCCCCUGAACAGCGGAGCCCCUUCCAGAACGGGCGGCUGAAUUACUCCAGGAUGCCUUCGUAUGACGAGAAAAUGGAUAUAUGGAAAAUUCCGACAGUUGUGGACUACUUACUGGGGAAUGUGACUGGCAGCGAUGUCGUCAGGUUAAACCUGUUCAAUGUGCAUCGGAAGUGUAAAUACAAACACCCCAAGCAGCGGCCAAGCACCAGGAUAUUGCUGAAGGAAUACAAACGGGUUGGAAACAUGUUUUCUCUGAAUCCUGACUGA